AAACCAUAAUUUUAUAUUUUACAGAUUUUAAAAUUAUACAAAUGAAAUAACGUAUUCUCUUCUUAUUGUUGCAUCACGAUUAAACGCAAAAUACACGGAUAGAAAAUUGAAAUACUUGUUGAUUGUACACUAACCAGUAACUGGUAAACUGAGGCAGUCCGUCAUUGGCAAUUUCGAAUAAUAAAGUGAUUUCGAUAUACGAUUUAGAAAUUCGUCAUGAUUGCCCAUGCUCUGUAAUCAUGUAUAAAAAUGAAAAGUGUGGAAACAUCGCAGUUUUCAGUAAAAACAUGAUAAACAGCUGCUUUACCUUGAGUUUUGCUGGGGCUUUUCUUCUUUUUGAAGUAGUCGUCAUUUUAGAACUUCACACGAGACAACUCUUCUAUAAUACUCCGAAUACGUUGAUUGGAAAAUUGGGAGCGUUGAACAGUUUAAAAAAUUUGGAAAAUAUUAUUUACGAAACAACACGUUACUCAGAUUUAACAACAACGUGAUAACUUACGUUUUCUAUGCAUAAUGAAUAUAGUCACAGUCACAUGUCAUUGGUGCCACUACAAGAGAAAAUCAGCUGUUUGAUAAAUAUUAAUUAUAGCUUAAAAUAAUUGCGGUAAAAUUAUAUAUUUGAAAGGAACCAAGCAGUUGAAACUAGACUGAAAUAGAUUUUAUUUAACUAAUGAAAUAGUGCUUCCGGUUGGGAAGAAAUAUAACUAUCUAAUGCUUAACGAAUUUUCAAAUUCGAAUUAUUCAAAAAUGAAUCUUGGCAUGAUAAAAUUUUAUUGUACGUUUCCGAUUUGUUUUUAGUACGAGACUUAUUAAAACAUCUUUACUACAAUAAAAAACUUAUGGAAUAAUAUCAUUCUGAAUAUGCAUAUAUUUUGAAAUAAACUGACCUAACGGGAUCGAACGUUUCCUGUACUGCUCGCUAAAGAAUAUUUUUACUUCAUGGCGAAUCACCACUCAUAACAAUAUCGAAUACUUCUCUACAAAUUUUUAAGAGUACUUAGAAAGCAUUUCGUGUAUGUCCGAUUAGUAGCUAAGUAGCAGAUGUUAAUAAUGAACAUAUAUUUGAAAAUAACAUUCUAUUAAACCAAAUAUAUAGUUGAACAAAUCAGCGAGAUGAGAUGUCGAAGAUUUGUGCUACUUUGAGUAUUGGCGAUAGAUGUAACGGUCAAUAAUACUUUAACAAUUUUUUAUUAAUAAAUGUCAGACAGUAUGGCUAGCAGAGAAACGUCAAUUAACUCAAAAAACUCGGAUGAUCACAGUGUCGAGACACUAGCAGAAGUUUUCCGAUGUUUCAUUUGCAUGGAAAAACUGAGGGACGCGCAUCUUUGUCCUCACUGCAGUAAACUGUGUUGCUAUACUUGUAUUAGAAGAUGGCUCACAGAGCAGCGUUCUCAGUGUCCUCAUUGCAGAGCAUCCUUACAUCUGCACGAAUUGGUAAACUGUAGAUGGGUAGAAGAAGUGACACAACAACUUGAUACACUUCAAGCUGUUGGUAUAUCAAAUUCUAAGCACGAUGACUCCAGCAGAGACAGGUGUACUGUGCACCACGAGAAGUUAUCUGUUUAUUGUUGGACAUGUCGUAGAUGUAUAUGUCAUCAAUGUGCCCUAUGGGGUGGUACUCAUUCAGGACAUACUUUUAAACCUUUAGAAGAAGUCUAUGAGCAACAUGUUACACAAAUAAAAGCAGAAGUAGGACAAUUGAAAAGAAGACUGAUGGAAUUGAUCAGUCUUGUUCAAGAAGUGGAACGUAACGUUGAAUCAGUGAGAGCUGCAAAGGAUGAAAGAGUUAGAGAAAUUAGAAAUGCAGUAGAAUUGAUGAUAGCACGUCUAGACUCUCAGCUAAAAGCUAAAUUGUUAACAUUAAUGGGUCAGAAAAAUUCCUUGACUUUAGAAACUGAACAACUAGAAGCUUUGUUGCAAGAAGUUGAACAUCAGUUGCAUACCUGCACUCGAUCUGAACUUAUUAUUAAAAGUGCAGAUUUAUCGCGAAUGAUACACCAAGUGAGGAAAAAGCCGAUGACGAGUUUUGUAACAGCUCCUGUUCCUGCAGAUUUCCAUAGUGAAAUCGUACCAGGAUAUGAUAGCGCAACUUUUGCGAUGCAGAAUUUCACUCAACUUCAGUUAAAAGCAGAUCCCGUAUAUUCAGCGCCUUUGCAUGUAAACGGAUUAUGUUGGAGAUUAAAAGUGUAUCCUGAUGGAAACGGAGUUGUCCGCGGAAAUUAUUUAUCCGUUUUCCUAGAAUUGAGCGCCGGUCUGCCAGAAACAUCCAAAUACGAAUAUCGAGUUGAAAUGAUACACCAGGGAUCUCGCGACACAAGUAAGAACAUUGUUCGAGAAUUUGCCUCUGACUUCGAAAUUGGUGAAUGUUGGGGUUACAACAGAUUUUUCAGAUUGGAUUUACUUGCAACCGAGGGUUACUUAAAUACAGAGUUGGAUACUCUUAUACUGCGGUUUCAGGUACGACCACCAACAUUUUAUCAACGGUGUAGGGAUCAACAGUGGUAUAUCAGUCAAUUGGUUACAGUUCAGAACCAGUACGCUGCUCAAAUCAAUGAAUUGAAAGAGAGACUGGCAAUAGAGAUAUCUAGGAAUGCAAUGGCAGCAAGAGUAUCAAGCGGAGCAACAUUAUGUGGACAAACAUCAAAUGUAACACCACUAGUGAUGCAACAACAGUCGCAGGCAGCUGGAGAUCCAUUAUUGAAUUCCAAUUCAUCUCGUUCCGUCGAAACUUAUCAAAAUGGUUCAUCGGCAAGAUCGCUACAGAAUGUGCUCUCUGGCGGAAGUAACAGUGGUGUCAUGGCAGGUGAUCAAUUAAUGCCUAUGUGCCAAUUAGGAAAUGUCUCAAACAUACGUCCGCUCGGAUCCUCUUCAACGUUAUCUUCUAUCUCAUCGAAAACCAGCUUAAAACAACAUAGAGGGAAACCCGAAUCACCCAAUUUGCAUAACACAAAUGAUAGUUCUGGAGAAUGUCAAACGAAUAGUGCUCAUUCCCCGUCUCCAUCUUAUUCAUCACCGACAGUACUUAAUCAGCAACCAUUGAACCUUUUGUCCAGUAGCAGCAGUAGCGAUAGCGGAGAAUUGAGCGAACACGAUAUAUACUUGGACGAAUGUGAACGUAAUAAACCAGUUUUAACGCUUUUGGACGAUAAUUCGAACGACGAAAACGACGUGGACGAUGAAACGAUGUCAGGAGAAAAUGACGUAGAAGUUGCAGAAUCGUUAACGCCGUGGAUUCAAAAUAAACAGCGUACGAAGCAACAAAGCAACCGGGAUAGUACAGGAGAGACUUGCAGAUUGCGAGGUAACGAUAGUUUAGAAGACGAGAUAAUGUUGUUGCAUUUGUUUGAAAUGCAAGAUAGGAAUUCCGCGUGGACCUCUUUGUGUUUCAAUCAGCACGUCGACGACGCAAAUGAUUCUAGGACUUCUUUAACUAGUUUACAUCACAGUUCUAGUCCCUUGCAUUGUGCUGCCACACUGUCGGCUCACGGUUCAUCCUCGUUCUCGCACAAACACCACGAACUCGAUUCAUCUUGCAACGAACAAUUUUCCGAGAAACGUUCCACUUGCCCGUCUCAUCUUUAUCAGCCUCAAAUGAUAUGCAACGGUAGAUCUAAUUUAGGUCAACUGUCCAACAUUUAUCAGCAAGAAGUAUCCGGAUUAAUAGCUUGCGGAAGUCAAACGAGAUCCGAGCCAGCGACUCGUUCGAACUCCAUAGAUUGCGAUAAGGAUCUCCCAAAAAUAUCUUUAGUCAAUAAAAUUAAUCACGAAGUAGACGCGUCUAGAUCGGACUUAAUAGUGCCAAAUGUAUUGGACAGCAAUAAAAUCGUAUCUAAGCAUUUGCUGUCACGACGACAAUCCUCGCCACUGUCAUCUGCCAAUGUCAGCGUGAUAGGCAACGAAAAUAGUAAAGUGUUCGAAUUCGAACAAUUGUUAGAAACUAUUCAGUUGUAUCCAAUACCUCAAAAAGACACUGCCAGUUGUUUUAGUAAAUUAAGGUACGCAUUUUCUUUUAAUUGUACGUAAUA